CAAAAGGCUAUUUUGUGUCAAAACAUCAGAGUUAUACUUUAAUAGUUUAUAUUUUUGUUAAUUCAAAAUAUAUUUUACCUUUUUCUUUAAUAGCUCCUGCUAUUUCUGAAGAUGAAUCUGUAACCAGCUCUUCCAGAAAACCCGGUCCUGUUAAUUCCUGGCCUACAUCAGAUGACACUGACUUUCUUCUGGAUAACAAGAAAGAAGCAGAAAGGCCAAAAAUUAUAUGGCUGGAAAACGGUAAGUUUGUUCUUGUAAAAACACAAGAAGAGCAAACAGCCAAAAAUGUGACAAAUGUGGAUGAUGAGAAGAAAACUCCUCAAACUGAUACUGUGUUGCCACUGGAAGCACAGACAGAUGAUGAAUCUCCUUGGGAUUCUGAGAGUAUCUCUGAGAAUCUUCCACAGCAGCCUGUCGAUCCUUUUCCUGGGGAUGCAGAUGAUGGAGGAAAACAUGCAGGAAAUACACAAACAAAAGAUUUACCUGACACACAUCUUCACUUGAAGCCUGCCAUGGAAGCAAAAGAUUGUGUUGCGAAGAAAGCAGUAGGAAUAAAGGAUGUAAAGACAUUUCAACCAGAUUGGAGUUUCACCGAGUCUAAUGAGACUCUGAAGAGAUCUGAGAAAUUGAUGCUUGGCCAUCAACAUCCACUUCUGGCAGAAUCCGUGAUGAAGAGUCCAUCAGCAUUCCCAGAAUCUGAAUCAGGUGACACACAUCUUCACGGGAAGGCUGCCAUGGAAGAAAAAGAUUCUGUUGUGAAGAAAGCAGUAAGAAUGAAAGUUAUACCGACAUUCCAACUAGAAGAACUGAACAUAGAAGUGACAUUAAAGGAAGAUUUGAGAAGACGUGAUGACAGUGAAAACAGCCAGGACCAGGUUGAAGGAAAAAGAAAGAGUGGAAAAACUGACACCCAGCAGUUGCCUACUGAGAAGAAAGAAGAACAUGAUAGGUUUCACUUCAGACUUGUCUUAAAAGAAGAGGACAAGAGAAAAAGUCUCAAGGAAAAAUGUUCUCAAGAAGUUGAAGCAAAACAACAGCUUGAAAUUUCUUAUGCAACACUUGAAAUGGAAUUCAAAGCUUCAAAAGUGAAUCAGUUGACAGAAGCACAAGACCGAGGUAAAAGCUCUGUGCAACACGACGAAAAAACGGAAGAACCCUUAGACAGGAUUGAAUUGGUGUGUUCACACCUGAAAGAAAAUGUUCAAAGUCUCGAAAUGGAGAUUUUGAGCCAGACAAAGAAAAGGAAGAAAACAGCAGGAAAAGUUGAACAUGCUCAGAAACACUUGUCAAAUGACAGUUUGUUGACAGAAGCACAAGACCGAGAUACAAGCUCUGUGCAACACGACGAAAAAACGGAAGAACCCUUAGACAGGAUUGAAUUGGUGUGUUCACACCUGAAAGAAAAUGUUCAAAGUCUCGAAAUGGAGAUUUUGAGCCAGACAAAGAAAAGGAAGAAAACAGCAGGAAAAGUUGAACAUGCUCAGAAAUACUUGUCAAAUGACAGUUUGUUGACAGAAGCACAAGACCGAGAUACAAGCUCUGUGCAACACGACGAAAAAACGGAAGAACCCUUAGACAGGAUUGAAUUGGUGUGUUCACACCUGAAAGAAAAUGUUCAAAGUCUCGAAAUGGAGAUUUUGAGCCAGACAAAGAAAAGGAAGAAAACAGCAGGAAAAGUUGAACAUGCUCAGAAACACUUGUCAAAUGACAGUUUGCCUGCCCUGGGACCGCUCCCAGCCAAAGCCUCCUCUGGUCCGCUCCCCGCGGCUCCUUCCGGGCUUCGCUCCAAAGCCUCUACCGGUCCGUUCUCCGCGGCUCCUUCCGGGCUUCGCUCCAAAGCCUCUACCGGUCCGCUCUCCACGGCUCCUUCCGGGCUUCGCUCCAAAGCCUCUACCGGUCCGCUCUCCGCGGCUCCUUCCGGGCUUCUACUUCCCCCCAGGGGUGGCACCAGUAUAUAUACGGAUACAGUGUCCAAUCAUGUUAAACCUGCCCUGGGACCGCUCCCAGCCGAAGCCUCCUCUGGUCCGCUCCCCGCGGCUCCUUCCGGGCUUCGCUCCAAAGCCUCUACCGGUCCGCUCUCCACGGCUCCUUCCGGGCUUCGCUCCAAAGCCUCUACCGGUCCGCUCUCCGCGGCUCCUUCCGGGCUUCUACUUCCCCCCAGGGGUGGCACCAGUAUAUAUACGGAUACAGUGUCCAAUCAUGUUAAAUUGACAGAAGCACAAGACCGAGGUAAAAGCUCUGUGCAACACGACAAAAAAACGGAAGAACCCUUAGACAGAUCUGUGCAAACACUCACAUUGGAGAAUUUGCGCCUGAAAAAGGAAAAUCAAAAGCUAAGGGGUAAACUUGAACGAGCUCAGAAACACUUGUUGAGCAAUAGAUUGUCUGAAGAUGAGAAAGAACAGUUCUUCAAAUUCACUGAGCUGUUCAAAAGUGCAAUGUCUGAGGUGGACCAAUUAAAGAAGGAAAAGCACGACCUGGAAUGUGCUUUGGAUGAAAUACAAAAGAAAAAUCGUGAACCUGAAUCAGAACUAGCAGGUCCACAGGCUUCUUCCAUAUUAGCAUAUUCCAAUGGAAGUAACAACUUAGAAGGAUCUCAGAUGAAUCCAGAGCACCUCAUGCAUCAGGUCAUAAUGGAAGAGUUAUUACUUCUAAGAUUCCCCAGGCUUUAUAAUGAGAAUGUGAAUGGAUGGAUUUGGCAGUGGCUCCAGGAUGCCAUUAAGUGAACUACACAUGUGUACAGUUUUUUCAUCUCAGCAAUAGUAAAGUGAGUCAGUCUAAAUUCAUCCUGUCUAGCAAAAUCCCAUUGCAACCCACCAUGGGAAGAAGCAGUACCAGCAUGGAGCCAAGAUUUACUUGGGCCUGAGGAAGUUUGUCCUGAAGAGUACAGAUGUGCAGCCUGAUGACAUCAUCUACUCAGCUUCAUCAAGUACUGGGUAAAGGGACACAGUGGAUAGGAACUCAAUAGUUUUGUCAUCAAUUUAGACUUUAAAUUCAUUGCACCAUUGACACAGACUGCAGCUCCAGAGGUUCUUUUUCUGAGACCCAUCAAUUUACUGAGUUGGGCUGAACCUAUUUAGUAUACUGAAUGUUGCUUCUGCUC